CCUCCCGCGGCGCCGGGAUCUGGGGGAGCGGCCUGGGUCGCAUCCCGGAGGGACGGCGAGUCCUCGCGUGGGGCGCCGGCUCGCCCCGCCUUGGCUGGCUCCUCCUCGCGGCCCCGGAAGGCUCGGGGACGAGAGCAGCCCUCGCGCCCUCGCGCCCCGGCGCUCGAGCGUCCUGCUCCUGGCGGGCCGCGCGCGGGGCUCCGUGGGGGGCCCCCCGCGUGAGGGCCCUCCGAGUGGUUCCGGGGUUAGGGUUCACGGGUCAGAGUUGACUCCCUGAAAAGUGCAGUCGCUCUGAAAUGCAAGAUGGCGGCGGCGAGGCGCUGAGGCGCGGCGGCCCCUGCAGGAGAAGACUGCUAGCUACUUUGGGACUAUCUGUGAUGAUGGCCUGAGAAAAGUACCUCAUUUGAAGGGAUAACCUUCUGCUUUAAUGAACAAAAUGCUAAGGAAGCUAUGGCAGAGUGCUGGGAUUACAGAUGUGUGCCAUCAUGCCUGUCUAAGAGGCCAGUGCAGGAUUUGAUACAUGCUGGGCAAGCAGUCUACCAACAGAGCUGUUUCUCUGCCCCUCCAAGAUGCUUUUUAAAGUGUUUGGAGUUGUGCCUCACACAUUUCAGCAGUCCAGCAGUGUUUUAUCUGCCGACUAAGCUGUCUACUUGAUUGCAUCAUGGAAAUGCUACUAAUGAGACUUGUUGAGCACAGAGUGCACUUGAAGAGCCACAAGCCACUGUUUUCAAAUGAAGGAUUCCAGUUUUAAGCCUCAGUGCUUUUAAAUCACCACUGAGAUUUCCCCCUAAAAUCAAAAUGGCAAGCAGACGAAAGUCAACAACGCCUUGCAUGGUCCUUGCCAGUGAGCAGGAUCCAGACCUUGAGUUGAUAUCAGAUUUGGAUGAAGGUCCUCCUGUCCUCACACCUGUAGAGAAUGCUAGAGCAGAGAGUGUUUCCAGUGACGAAGAAGUUCAUGACCCUGUGGAUUGUGACAAUCAGCCAAGCAAAAAGGUAGAAGGGGGCUAUGAAUGUAAAUACUGUACUUUUCAAACCCCAGAUCUAAACAUGUUUACUUUCCAUGUAGAUUCAGAACACCCCAAUGUUGUAUUGAAUUCAUCCUAUGUUUGUGUUGAAUGCAACUUUCUCACCAAAAGAUAUGAUGCACUUUCUGAGCAUAAUCUGAAGUACCACCCAGGAGAAGAAAAUUUCAAGCUGACUAUGGUGAAGCGUAAUAACCAGACAAUCUUUGAACAAACCAUAAAUGAUCUGACUUUCGAUGGUAGUUUUGUUAAAGAGGAGAAUACAGAACAAGGAGAGUCUGUAGAUAUUUCUUCUUCGGGAAUCUCCAUCAGUAAAACACCCAUCAUGAAGAUGAUGAAAAGUAAAGUAGAGAACAAACGGAUCACAGUGCAUCAUAACUCAGCUGAGGACACUCCCGAAGAGAAAGAAAAUGGAGUCAAAGUAAGCCGGGAAGAAAAGGUAGAGAGUGCGAGUUCUUCAGUCUCAGAAUCCAGCACAAGCACUUCCGCCAUCAGCAGAGUGCACCCCAGUCCUGCCAGUACAGUGGUGACGCCCUCUGCUGUCCUUCCUGGACUAGCACAGGUGAUCUCGGCAGUGUCUGCACAGCAGAACUCCAACUUGGUCCCCAAAGUCUUAAUCCCUGUCAAUAGCAUUCCUACCUACAAUGCUGCAUUGGAUAACAACCCCCUUCUACUCAACACCUACAACAAAUUCCCUUAUCCCACAAUGUCAGAAAUUACAGUUCUUUCUGCUCAAGCAAAAUACACAGAGGAACAGAUCAAGAUCUGGUUUUCAGCCCAGCGUUUAAAGCACGGUGUUAGUUGGACUCCUGAAGAAGUAGAGGAAGCAAGGAGGAAGCAAUUCAAUGGAACAGUACAUACUGUACCUCAGACCAUAACUGUUAUUCCUACACACAUUUCCACGGGGAAUAAUGGGCUACCGUCUAUCUUACAGACGUGCCAAAUAGUUGGUCAGCCAGGCCUGGUCCUCACUCAAGUAGCUGACAAUACCUUGCCAGUAUCCGCACCUAUCGCCCUAACAGUGGCCGGGGUUCCAAAUCAGACAAAUGUACAAAAGAGUCAAGUGCCUGCUGCUCAGCCUGCUACAGAAACAAAAGCGGCCACAGCAGCAGUCCCAUCGUUGCCAAGCGUCAGACCUGAGACUGCGCUAGUGAACCCAGAUUCAUUCGGUAUUCGGGCCAAAAAGACUAAAGAACAGCUGGCAGAACUGAAGGUUAGCUAUCUUAAAAACCAAUUUCCGCAUGACUCAGAAAUCAUCAGGCUUAUGAAAAUAACAGGUCUUACCAAAGGCGAGAUUAAAAAAUGGUUUAGUGACACAAGGUACAACCAGAGAAAUUCCAAGAGUAAUCAGUGCUUACAUCUCAAUAACGACUCCUCUGCCACUAUCAUUAUAGACUCCAGUGAAGAAACCCCGGAACCCCCAGUUGCAGUUACUUCGCAGCAGAAACAGUCCUGGAAUCCCUUUCCUGACUUUGCUCCCCAGAAGUUUAAAGAGAAAACGGCAGAGCAGCUUCGUGUCCUCCAGGCAAGUUUCCUUAACAGUUCUGUGCUUACAGAUGAAGAAUUAAAUAGGUUAAGAGCGCAAACCAAACUUACUAGAAGAGAAAUUGAUGCUUGGUUUACAGAGAAGAAUAAAACAAAAGCUUUAAAGGAUGAAAAAAAAGAAGGAGAUGAAAGUAAUGUAGGUAGUUCCAAAGAAGAACCUGGAGAAAGUUCUCCUGGAGAUGAAGCAGUUGCACCUAAGUCUGGAGGGACGGGCAAGAUAUGUAAGAAAACACCGGAACAGCUGCACAUACUUAAAAGUGCGUUUGUCCGAACACAGUGGCCAUCACCUGAAGAGUAUGACAAGUUGGCCGAGGAAAGUGGGCUUGCCAGAACUGACAUAGUUAGUUGGUUUGGGGACACCCGUUAUGCUUGGAAGAAUGGAAACUUGAAAUGGUACUACUACUAUCAAAGCUCCAAUUCGAGUAGUCUGAAUGGUCUGUCUUCCCUUAGGAAAAGGGGGCGAGGCAGACCCAAAGGACGGGGCAGAGGCCGACCACGUGGGAGGCCUAGAGGCGGCAAAAGAAUGAACACAUGGGACAGGGUACCAUCGCUCAUAAAGUUUAAAACUGGAACGGCAAUACUUAAGGACUAUUACCUGAAGCACAAAUUUCUUAAUGAGCAAGACCUUGAUGAACUUGUCAACAGAUCCCAUAUGGGCUACGAGCAGGUCAGAGAGUGGUUUGCAGAAAGACAGAGACGAUCUGAGUUAGGUAUAGAAUUAUUUGAGGAAAAUGAGGAGGAGGAUGAAGUCAUUGAUGAGCAGGAAGAAGAUGAAGAAGAAACAGAUGACAGUGACACUUGGGAACCCCCACGGCAUGUGAAGAGGAAGCUUUCUAAAUCGGAUGACUGAAAUCUACUUAACAUUCUGAAGGAGAAUAAGUUCUUCAACUCAAGAUGUUUGAAUUACUGUGAAUGGGCCCAAUCCCUUGCUGACACUGAAAUGCUUUGGGGCAUACAUACUCUCAAAACAGGAUCCAAUGUCCAAAAGAGACGGAGCUUGCUGUGCCAAAGUGAGACUGCUACAGUCGGAGAGUUCUGCGAUGUAAACAGAACGCUGGUUCAGAAGGACUUGUAAAAAGUGACGUUUUAAUACCCUACAUUUUUAUUCUGAUAGGGUGGAAACUUUGUGAAUCUUUGACUUUCUAAGGGGUUAAUGACCACUAGGGCUUGUCCUCACUUUAGUCCAGCUUACCACUGUGUAAGGUAGGCGGUAUCGCCUGUUUUCUUUGACAUGUGAUUCAGCUUACAGCUUUGAGUGACCAAACAUUUUGCAGAGUAAAAGUUCUUAGAACUGGGAAGAGGGAGUGAACCAAACCCUAAUUUACUUCUGUGUCUUAUUUAUCAGGUCCUGCCUACACCAAAUUUAAGAGUUGCACGUGGGCUUACACAGUUUGCAGUGUAAAAGCAGCCUGUCAUUACUGGACCCUCCACUAAACACUCAUAACCCACUUUCCACUUGCAGUACUUAUGUGACUGAAAACACUACCCCACAGGGAAAAGGAGCUUAAUAGGGAGAAACUGUAAAUACCCUUCCAAACAUGGGAGACAGCCCCACAGUAAAACACAUGCCAUGCGUUCUUACAGGCGUGGAGAUCAGGAGUGUUAGACAAGUGCAGAUGAGAUUUUGCAAGAAUUAUCUUUUCAUGAAAUUCUACCUUGUGUAACAAUUUCAGUGAACAGAGAAAAAAAUUCCAAACUGAUCUUAAAGUUAAAAAUUAGCUUUUAUUUAAGAAUCGGGGGUGUUAGCGGUGACUGCUGUGUCAGAAGACUCGUAGCUGAAGAUUGGUGCUGCCACUAUUCACAUUAGACAGGGCCCUUUCAAAACAUGCUUUCCUCACAGAACAAAUUGUCGGUUUAAUUGGAUUUGGACUUAAAAAAUUGUUUUUGAAUGAUCACACAUAGUAGGUUUGGCCAGUUUGUUUUCUAAUUUAAUGAAUAAUGAAUACUAAGCUCUUGGUUAAAUGUUUGUCAGUUAAUGAAACUGUUAUGAAAAAGCCUUGAAUAUGCAUGCUGCUUUCACUUUUAUAAACUUUUAUUUUUUAACUAUAGCUUUAUUAGCAAUUCCCAAAUGCUGCAAUUUGCUGAUCUCUUCACUCAGACAGCUGGCUUUGUGGGUGGCUUUUUUCAUACUACUGUUAACUUUUUUUAAAAACAGAAGUGAUGUAAAGACUGUAACAAAUGAAUGCACUAAGCUGUUUUUCUUUUACACGUCUAAAAACUUCUUAAAUACCCUGUAUUAUAAUGAUUAAAUCGCUCCCUUUUUAAAACCA